AUGAGAAAUGUCUUUUCUAAAGACAACGACAAACGAAUACUUAUGGGCCGUCCAGUGAUGGUCCGGCGCCAUCGUAAUGAAGACGAGUUACAAAUCAGUGAUAAUUCAUUCGCAAUCGACUGUCUCUAUUGGCAUAACGUGUUUCGGGCCAAACAUGGGUCGCCCCCACUGUCCAUCUCCUAUAGACUG